UUAGCGUAGUAAUCGGAUUGGCGCUGCAAGCGCUUCCGCUUCGCGCUGACGUUCUCUGAUUUCACGUUUCUCUUAGCAAAAUGGCUCCCAAACCUAAGCCAACGGAAAAAGCAGGUAAGCCUGCAGAGAAGAAGACAGAGAAAAAGGCGGAAAAGAAGCCAGCUGCUGCGGCUUCUACUUCUAAAGUGACAAAACCUGCAGCUAAGCCUGCAACAGCGAAGAAACCAGCGGCUGCCAAGCCAGCAAGCGCUGCCAAACCUGCUGCAAGCAAGCCUGCAAGUAAACCUGUCCUCAAGCUUGCCAGUAAACCGUUGAUCAGUAAACCGAAGAAGAAUGUUCAGGCUACUAAAAAGAUUUCAAAGGGUGGAAAAUCAGCAGCUCCUCUACAAAAAGCUCUUAAGGCGCAGAAAAAGAUCUUGAAGGGAGUACAUGGAUCUAGGGUACGGAAGAUUAGAACGUCAGUGCAUUUCCACAGACCCAAGACUUUCAGACCACCAAGAAAUCCGAAAUACCCACGUAAAUCUGUGCCAAACAGAAAUCGCAUGGAUGCUUUCAAUAUAAUAAAAUUCCCACUCACGACGGAAGCGGCGAUGAAGAAGAUCGAAGACAACAACACUCUAGUCUUCAUCGUGCAUACAAGCGCCAACAAAUAUCACAUCAAGGCGUCGAUCAAGAAACUUUAUGAUGUCGAUGUAGCAAAGGUGAACACUUUGAUGAGGCCGGAUGGCAAGAAGAAGGCAUAUGUGCGUUUGACACGUGACUACGAUGCGCUAGACGUCGCCAACAAGAUCGGCAUCAUAUAAUUUCUAUCUCUU